AAGAUACAACCAUCACUUAACACAACAAUUCUAUUUUUCAAGUCAUAGAUCACUACCAUUUGUACCUUCACAAAAAAAAUGGUUAACGUUGAGGAGUUCAGAAAGGCGCAACGAGCUGAAGGUCCGGCAACAAUUAUGGCCAUAGGAACUGCCACCCCACCAAAUUGUGUCCUCCAAAGCACCUAUCCAGAUUACUAUUUUCGUAUAACAAAAAGCGAGCACAAGACAGAUCUUAAGGAGAAAUUUAGACGCAUGUGUGAUAAAUCAAUGAUAACAAAGCGAUACAUGUACUUGACUGAGGAGAUUCUGAAAGAGAAACCAAACAUUUGCGCUUACAUGGCACCAUCGUUAGACGAAAGACAAGAUAUCGUUGUCGUGGAAGUUCCAAAGCUAGGUAAAGAAGCUGCAAUUAGGGCAAUCAAGGAAUGGGGUCAACCCAAGUCAAAGAUCACCCACCUCGUGUUUUGUACCACUUCGGGGGUUGACAUGCCCGGAGCAGAUUACCAGCUUACAAAGCUCCUCGGUCUUCGUUCUUCAGUCAAACGCUUCAUGAUGUAUCAACAAGGGUGUUUUGCUGGUGGCACUGUUCUUCGUUUGGCCAAGGACUUAGCUGAGAACAACAAGGGUGCACGUGUAUUGGUUGUUUGCUCCGAGAUCACCGCAGUUACUUUCCGUGGACCUAAUGAGACUCAUCUUGAUAGCCUUGUAGGUCAAGCUUUGUUUGGCGAUGGUGCAGCAGCUAUUAUAGUAGGUUCUGACCCAUUGCCCGAUGUGGAAAAGCCACUUUUUGAGUUAAUUUCUGCUGCCCAAACUAUUCUUCCAGAUAGCGAAGGUGCAAUUGAUGGGCACCUUCGUGAGGUCGGGCUUACAUUUCAUCUCCUCAAAGAUGUUCCUGGACUUAUCUCAAAACACAUUGAAAAGAGCUUGGUAGAGGCCUUUAAACCGUUGGGAAUUGCUGAUUGGAACUCACUUUUUUGGAUCGCACAUCCAGGUGGCCCUGCGAUCUUGGACCAAGUGGAGGAAAAACUACGCCUUACGCCUGAUAAACUGCGGGCUACGAGACAAGUGCUUAGUGAAUAUGGUAACAUGUCAAGUGCUUGUGUGCUGUUUAUCUUAAAUGAAAUGAGACACUCUUCGGCUACAGCUGGGUUCGACACCACAGGAGAGGGUCUGGAGUGGGGUGUGUUGUUUGGGUUCGGUCCCGGUCUCACUGUUGAGACUGUGGUUCUCCGUAGUGUGUCUAUUUAGUUCUUAUGUGGUGUUUUCGUCACGCAUGGCUUGGUGCGCUAACAGAAUGCUAGUGUUCAUUAAAUCAUUGAAAUUGUACCUUCCGUUAUUUUGAUCAUCGCAAUAAAUGGUGUGUAUUGUGUAUAGUAAA